AUGCUCAAAGAAGACAUUAUUCUAGCAGAGACAAAUGAGAACAACACAGACAGGGACAGAAACGACGAUAAUGACUCACCAGGAAGUCCCAGACAGCCACUCACAAAGUCCCAGAAGAUCUAUGGAGAUGUUGAGGCUGCGAAGAAGACCCUGUUGGAAAGGAGGGAUGAGGAGCGGGAAUGGGAAUGGGAUCAGAACAGCAAUGAUGAUCACAAUGUUGGAGUUGUUGGAGAGAAACAGCGAAAGGGCAAGGACCAUGCGCAAAGUGACGAUGAAGGCGCAAGGCAACCUGAUAUUCUCCAUUUUUCCUCUCAACCACCACUAAGUGGCCUUCACCAAAACUGGCACCAAGUAGUGGCCAAGGAAGUUCCUAACGCCUCUCGCAGACAUACUAGUAGCACUGCGCCAAGUCCUCCAACAGCCAAGGCAGGAAGUGUAGUGCCUCGCAAUACCAUUCAUCCAGGUAGCUUCGAGUUCGAGGACAACACUGAUCCUGGAGAUGAUCUGAACGAGUGCAUGAAGAUGCAGAUACCUGUACUUGAAGGAGACGAUGACCCGCUGUUGGCUCCCUUGUCCAUCAACAUAAUCAAGAAUCCUCCUUCCAAGACCACUAACUGGUCUGCCUCCAUCCCUCCAACAGCAACUCGUGCGCUCAACAAGUCUCAACACUUGGGUCCCCUUCCUCCAGUCCCACAUGAAAAUAUGACGCAUGCCGAGCAAGAGGUCAAGCAAGAGGGCAAGCAAGAGGGCAAUGAGGAGGUUGUGAAACCCUAUAGACACUACAUGCGCAAGAUGAAAGUUGUUGGGCACCAACUCAAACGUCCUCCACCCGAAAUCCAGGGCUCACAAACCAACUCCAACCUGGAUUGA